GAGCUGAGCGUAAAAGCAGCGCUUGGUGUCUGUCGCCGCCUAUUAAAUUACAUCACGCUUCAGAGUUCCUCUCCGGGAGCUCGAACACUCCUGUCCCUUCAUCCUCCUCCUCACCUCAGCCAACGUCCACAGAGCAACACCGACUUUGACAGGAAGUUUCCCCGCCAGUAUUGAGGAUUUUGGGCGGAGGUGAAACGGAAUAAAACAUUGUUCCUUAAAGGACUGGGUAAAACCUUCAGGCUGAAUUCGUCUGGCCUACUGACUAUGCCCCGGAGUCCCACGUCCAGUGAGGAUGAGAUGGCCCAGAGCUGUUCUGACUACACCGAGGACUCCGCCUCUGACAGCUCCCGUGAGGAGACCAUCUACGAGACCAUAAGAGCCACCGCUGAGCCGACCCCCAGACGCAUGGACGACAUACACACUCACUCCCUGGUUGUCCGCGUCCUCAUCCCCGACCUGCAGCAGACAAAAUGUAUGCGGUUCAACCCCAACGCGACUGUGUGGGUUGCCAAGCAGAGGAUCCUGUGCACGUUGAGCCAGAGUCUGAAGGAUGUGCUGAACUACGGACUCUUCCAGCCCGCCAUGAACGGACGUGAUGGGAAGUUCCUGGAUGAGGAACGCCUCCUCCUGGAAUACCCACAGCCAAUCAGCAAAGGAGUUCCAGCUCUGGAGUUCCGCUACAAGAGCCGAGUCUACAGGCAGACCCAUGUGGAAGAGAAGCAGAUUGCCAAACUUCACACCAAGGCCAACUUGAGAAAGUUUAUGGACCUCAUCCAGCACCAUCAGGUGGAGAAAGUAUCUAGGCUGCUGGAGAGAGGGCUGGACCCCAACUACCAGGAUACAGAGACCGGUGAGACCCCCCUGACAUUUGCGGCCCACCUGGAUAACGUGGUGGAGAUUAUAAAGGUUCUGAAGAAUGGAGGGGCUCACCUGGACUUCAGGGCCAAAGAUGGCAUGACAGCACUACACAAAGCUGCUAGGUCCAAGAACCAGGUUACUCUGACGACCCUGUUGGAGCUUGGUUUGUCUCCAGACUAUAAGGACAGUCGGGGUCUGACGGCGCUCUAUCACACAGCCAUGGUGGGAGGAGAUCCGUUCUGCUGUGAGUUGCUGCUACAUGAACACGCCACCGUCUGCUGCCAGGACGAAAACGGCUGGCACGAAGUCCACCAGGCUUGUCGGAAUGGCUAUGUCCAGCACCUGGAGCAUCUGCUGUUCUACGGGGCGGACAUGAGCGCACAGAACGCCUCAGGGAACACGGCGCUGCACAUUUGUGCUCUCUACAACCAGGAUAACUGUGCCAGGGUGCUGCUGGUCCGUGGAGCCAACAAAGAGGUGAAGAACUACAACAGCCAGAGUCCCUUUCAGGUGGCCAUCAUUGCGGGGAACUUUGAACUGGCCGAACUGGUCAAGAACCACAAAGAGACAGAUAUAGUGCCUUUCCACGAGGCCCCGGAAUACUCCAAGCGGCGUCGGGUCCCUCCCUCUACCAGCAGCAGCAGUAGCUGCCUGGUGGCUCCCCGGGUCCUGCUGCGCUCCAACAGUGACAACAGCCUCACAGUGAGCCAGGGGCCUCCCCAGGACUGGUCCCAGCCCCAGGGACCCCCCCAGCACCACGGAUCCCAACACGGAGGGGUCGGACCCCCCACCGCCACCUCUCACCGUAGCCUCUCUCCACAGCUGCUCCAGCAGAUGCAGGGGAACCCAAAUGGCACUGUGAGGACCAUGGGCCAGAGGUCCCGCAGUACCAGCGUGGGGGUGGUCCCGCGGAGUCGGUCCCCGUCCCUCAACCAGCUGGGAGAGGAGGCCUGCAGGCCACACCCGCAGACACAUGUACAGACGCAGCAGACUCAGCACAGACAGCCCAGCCCCAGUGGUAAUGUGGAGGUGGUGGUGCAGCGGAGGAAGCUGUACAGUGCCGUGCCAGGUAGGCACUUUGUGGUGGUCCAUUCCUACCAUCCACAGGCCGAGGGAGAGAUCACCCUCUACAAGAACGACAGGGUUAAAGUUCUGAGUAUCGGAGAGGGGGGAUUCUGGGAAGGCAGUGCCCGGGGCCAGGUGGGCUGGUUUCCUGCGGAGUGCGUGGAGGAGAUUCCUGCCAAGCCCAGCGAGGAGAGAACGCACACAAGAGCUGACCGCUCGGACAAGAGGAAACUCUUCCGACACUACACUGUAGGGUCCUACGAUAGCUUUGAUGCCUCCAGCGACUGCGUGGUCGACGAGAAGACAGUGGUCUUGACCAAGAAGGAGAAUGAAGGCUUCGGCUUCGUUCUGCGAGGGGCCAAAGCGGACACGCCCAUCGAGGAGUUUACUCCCACCCCUGCCUUCCCAGCUCUCCAAUACCUGGAGUCGGUGGACGAGGGAGGAGUGGCCUGGCAGGCGGGGCUUAGGACCGGGGACUUCCUCAUCGAGGUGAACCAAGAGAAUGUGGUGAAGGUGGGCCACAGGCAGGUGGUCAACAUGAUCCGUCAUGCAGGGAACAGCCUCAUCAUCAAAGUGGUAACGGUCAGCAGGAAUAUGGACCCUGAGGAUACAGCACGUAAAAAAGCCCCCCCACCGCCAAAGAGAGCCCCCACCACCGCCUUGUCUAUGCGCUCCAAGUCUAUGACCUCUGAACUGGAAGAACUAGUGGAAAUCAGUAAAGCUACACUAAGGAAAAAGAAAGGUGAUGGUCAGAAGAAGAGGAUAUGUUUUCAAGUCACUCUAAAUAAAGUGGACGAGGUGUCAUCUUCCCAGAAUGCCGUGGACAUGAAGGUGGCCACCAUUAAGCCACGCCCCUCCAGCCGCUGUUUGGUCACGCCUACUGACAUGAAUUCCAUGUACGACCGCCAGAGUGGAGUGGCAGUGGUACCACCCACUGUGCCAGGCAGUCCUAGAGGGGGGGCAUUCCUGGGCAUACUUGCCAAGGGUGGCACCAUGAGGAGACAAAAGUCCAUAGGUAUAACAGAAGAGAAGACGCUCCUCACCCCUCCCCCACUCAAGUUCACCCGCAGCCUCUCCAUGCCCGACACGUCCGAAGACAUCCCCCCUCCCCCGGUCAUCUCCCCCCCAUCUCCCCCCUCCUCCUACAACUCUCCCUCUGUCUCCCCCAUGCAACGGGGCUACGGCACCACCCGACCGGGCCUCACCCUCAACUCCGCUGGAAAAUGUUCCAACGCCACUAUCCUUGGCAACCGCACGGUAGAUGUAGGGACGCUAAGGCGAGGUUAUCACCGCCAGAGCUCAGUACAGUACGAUAGUAGAAGCCGAGGACGGGCGCCCGUGCCCGAGAACCCGUACUCGGAGGUGGGCAACAAGGCGCUGUACAUGCCCGCCAAGCCGGCGAGGAGGAAGGGCAUGCUGGUCAAGCAGCCCAAUGUGGAGGACAGCCCAGAGAAGACCUGCUGCACCCCGCCCUCAGGCGCCGUUUCCAUGCCGACCACGCCCACUGAGAGGACCUUCUCGUCCAUUCCCAUCCCCACCAUCAUCGUCAAGGAGCCUUCCACCAGUAGCAGUGGGAAGAGCAGCCAGGGCAGCAGUAUGGAGAUCGAGCCAACCACGCCCGAACACCCACCCUUAACGCCCAGGGCAAGGUCUGAAGACCCCAUUGUCAACAACCCCUUUGCUGCUGCCAUCGCAGGGGCAGUGAGGGACCGGGAGAAGAGGCUGGAGGCGCGGAGGAACUCGCCUGGCUUCCUCUCCACCGAUAUGGGAGAUGAGGACUUGGGAGACCCCACCCCGGCCCCGCGGCUACGCCAGUCCAAGUCCAUCGACGAGGGGAUGUUCAGCAACGACGAGCACCUGCGGAGGAUAAUGGCACCCCCGCCGGCCACAACCCUGCUGCGGUCCCAAGAAGGGGGUGACCGUGGCGGUAACGUGACGGACUUCAACACCCCUGAGCCCACCCAGGUGGUGAGGGAGCCUCUGACCGCACGUACCGGUCAGUACCCCAAUCUGGACAGCCCCGUCAGUCUCCCGGACACCACGCCCAAGACCUACAGCUCAAACGGAGGUGGGGGCUACCUGCACCCCGUCACGGGUAACGCCCUGGAACCGAACUCGCCCCUCGCCCUGGCGCUGGCGGCCCGGGACAGAGCCAUGAAAGAGCAGACACAAACGACCAUGGCGACACAAGCCCCACCCCCUUCUCUACCUCAACCGCGCCCUAAGCUCGACGCCCCCCAGUCCCUCCCCCCCAACCCCCACAAAUCUGGCCUCAAUCAGCCCCUCUUCAUCGAUACCAAGCUCCGCUCCAACAUUGAGCCGGGCUUCACCACCUCCACGACAACCCUGGGGCGAGGCAUAGGGGGGGGCCUGAAGAGGCAGAUGACGGAGCAGAAGUACGAGUCUGACAUAGCGAGGGAGGAGAGGCAGCAGGCGGCGGAGGAUGGGAAGAGCAUACAGAUCGACGUUGUGGACACGUCACAAACUCAGAAAGUGGCUGGUCUGCUGAUGGUGCACUCCAAAAACAGCCCAGAGGAGGAAGACAGGGGGCAGGAGAACACACCAGCCCAGGACAACAGCAUCCCCAGCGAACUUAGAGACCCCAACCAGCCAAACCCCCCCACCAACAGCCACAGUACCAAACCCCUGCCCCCCGUGCCGCAGGGGAAGACCAUCACGGCUGGGGGUUCGGUGGACGAGCCAGUCAAGCUGCCCUUCCGCAUGCCCCCUCCCCCACUGGCCUCGGUGGACAUUGAGGAGGUGGAAGAGUUUGUCUUCUCCGAGCCCCUGCCACCGCCACUGGAGUUCGCCAACAGCAUCGACAUCCCUGAGGACCAGGCAACGAACAUCGCUGAGUUGCUCAAGCAACGGGACCAAGAGAGACGCAACGGGAUGGGAACCAGGCGGCCACAUCCACCCCCCUACUACACUCAUGCCCCGACCCCUGUCGGCCAGUUCAGACGAGGGAGCGGGAUGUCCAAUUGCAUGCCCCCACCCUUCUAUCCCCCUACGCCCCCUGACGGUGGCUUUGAGCAAGGUGGCACUGACUCAAGCAUCGAGGAGGUAGACAGUCGCAGAAGUGGAGACCCCCAUAUAGAGACUACCAGCACCGUUUCCACAGUUUCGAGUAUCUCUGUACUGUCAUCAGAGGGCGGGUACAACAGCGCCCUGGAGGACACUUCUAUGGUCUAUACUGACGGCCAGACUUACCUCGACGACCGACCCCCCGUUCCCCCCAAGCCCAAAAACAAGCCCGUCAUCAACAAGAACACUGCACUUUACCACAACGUCCUCAUGGAGGAAUCCCUGGACUCCUUCGGGGCGCCCCCUCCUGUCCCUCCCCCUCCACCAGGGUCCAUAUCCCCCCCAGAACUCCCCAGGACCCCACCCCAUCGGUCGUCCAAGCUGUGGGGCAAGCCCCCGGAGCUAAGGAGCCCACCCAUGCCCGACCCCAAGGCCACGGUUAUCAACGAGCUGAGCUCCAUCUUAUCACAGAUGCACCGGCCCAAACCGGGGGACUCCCUGGACUCACCCACCACAGGGGCCAGGGGCGGCUUAGGAACCAGCUCUCCAGCCACAGGAAGCCAGCGGAACUCCAGCGUGUCUUUCAGCCUGCCCCCCUCCUCCUGCACCCCUCCUUCCAGUCUGCCCCCUCACCUCUGCAGCCCACCAGACACCUCGUCCCUCUCCUCGCCCCCCUGCCCCUCCUCUUUAACCCACUCUUCCUCACCCAGCCUUAGCGACCUUUUCGGCCUGCCCACCUUGCCCAUGGAGAGUGUGAGAGGCUUCGGCAGCAUGGGCGGUAGCCUUGGUGGAGGGUCCUCGUGCGGUGGCUCGCGCUCCCCCUCGCCGCUCACCCUAAUGCAGGCCAUAGCCACCUCGGGCAAGUCCUUUGCCUCCAAGCCCGUGGAGCUGUGGAGCAAGCUGGACGUGGCCGACUGGCUGGACAGCCUGAAUCUGUCGGAGCAUAAAGACGCCUUCCUGGACAACGAGAUCGAGGGCGCCCACCUGCCUUCGCUGCAGAAAGAAGAUCUGAUUGACCUGGGGGUGACGCGGGUGGGCCACCGCAUGAACAUCGAGAGGGCCCUCAAAAUGCUGCAGGACAGAUAAAGCCAGGGGGUGUGGAUUUAUCUGGAACGCUCUCUCUCCUACCUGUUCUCCUUCUCAGUCUUGGAAAGUCUGGGACGAUUUAGGAAUCGGGCCUCUGACUACUCCCUUCCUGCCUCGCCUCUGUGGCGUGUUUGUGUUUGAUCGCUCCCAUUCUGCUUCCCGAGGUAUCAGGGGAUGUCGGAAACCUGGAGGAACUGCUGGGAAUAGCCUGGAGAAAGGCGGCGUUCCCGAAUCGAGAAUGGAGAAAGAGUGGGAAAAAAUCCUGCAUCUUUUUAGGGAUGCUCAUGAUACAAAAGACCACACUUUGGAAUACUCUUGAAACGUAACCCUCAAACACUUUGAAAUACUGAUAGAAAUCAGUAUUGGAAUACUCAAUCCUUUUUCAAGCUCCCCCAGUGCGGGUGUUUGAAACCAGCUGAGCUGGUUGGCGCUCCUUUUCUAUCUUUGCUAGGGUUUCUUCAGAGAAUAUUUCUUCACUAGAGUCAAACCGUGGGUUAUGUUUAUGGGUGGAUCUGAUGUUGUAGAGGCAUUUGAAAAACAGACAUUUGAAAAACAUUAGAAACGAGAACCUUUGCAGAAAUGUUUAGCUGAAUCCUUAACCAUAUCACUCGCUGCAAGCAAAUACACACACACACACACACACACAUACACACAUACACACACACAGAUCCGACGAUGGCCUUUUCCUGAGAGAGAGAAUCAUGAUGAUGUGUUAGUCACUCUAAUGCAUGGCUGGAAGGGCUCCACUGUAGCAGGCACCACUGUCCCCUUCACAUCCCUGUUCACUGGAAGGUGUGUGUAUUUGCAUUUUGUCAGAGACAUGUUUGUGAUGUAUGUGUGUGUGCGCGCGCUGUGGGAGGUUUGUGAAACGUGUUUUAGAAAGACAUGAGUGAGAGUGCGAGGCCUAGAUUCUGUCAGUCUAAUCAAGGUGUAUAUUGCAUCUCACAUUCCAGUGUUCGAACGUGUAAACAGGGCUCCAUGGGAUUUAUCUUAAUGCGACUCCGUGCAGCCAAUGGCCAUGUCCGUUUUAGGUAUAAUUCUGGGAGCCGCUUGUGGAUUUGACAGCUCUAACACAGUUCCACCUCCGACAUUGCAAAAACAACAACAACAGGAUGGCAUGAAUCUGAUAGAAUCUAGCCCUAAGUGUUGGCAUCAUGUGUGUUGUCAUCGUCUUCCACACACUUGACAGCGACCCCGACAGGAGUGGGAUGCAACCCCCCUACACCCUACCGCCCAACCAACCAAUCUCCCUUCAGGCCUAUAACAGAAAUAAUCCACCUAUCACAACAACUUGGGGAACACACAUUUUUCUGCCAUAAUAUCGCCAUCUCUCCUCUUUGUUCAGCCAUAUUUAAUCACUUCUAAUCAUUGAGUGAUUCCUUUCACAAAUCAAACAUUGUUUUCAUAUUAAUAUCAGUGUGUGCUGCUGUGGUAAAGGUGAGGGAUGUAUUUUCUUUGGUUGACAUAAUGAUUCUCGGCGAGAAUUUGAAGACGCCCAUUUUGAAAGGAUGAGAGCAAAACGGACGUUACUUUGUGAUCUCUGUUAACGUAGGACACUGUGGUUGACUGUGUGCUCGUUGUUAGACAGCUCACCUACAGUAUACUGUGUAGUGCAGGGGCCAAGAAUAAUAUAAUAAUAUUAAUUCACUCAAAACUCAAAAAUGUGGCGCAGCGGUCUAAGGCACACCAUUUGAAUCCAGGCUGCAUGGAGUCCCAUAGGGCGGCGCACAAGAAGAGGUGUUAAUCCUACCUGGUGUUUCCAGAGGGAAGAAAAGAGAUGUGACACAGUAGCACUGACCGAGCAGGCUUUAGAUGAUGCAUUUGGUCCCUGUUCAUUUGAGAAUGAGUGUGAGAGUCCUCAGUAACACUUUACUUAAGCGUGCAGGAAUAACCAUUUUAGAAGGCUUGCUUAUAAAAAGUUAUAACGUAUUAUUACUACAGGCUUCAAGUAAAGUGUUAGUGAGUCAUUUUCUCAACACCAGUGAUAAGCUCUCACACCAAUGAGCAGGUAGAACAAGCUUAUCUUUUAAUCAGAGCUCUCAUCUGACAGCCAAUCAAUUGUCUCCAUCCCUUUUCAUGAAACACCAUUACUUAUAUGUUAAUGUGAGAAUUGCUGAUAGGUGAGUACCCAGGAAGUGUUUGGUGGCAUUGAUUUUAAGUAAAUGGAAUAUAUUUAUUGCUUUGAAUGUGUACAAAGGAAUGAUUUCAAGAAAAGAGUACAUCUAUAGAAAAAUUAUAUGUAUAAUAUUUCGAGAAAGAAUUUCUAUGAAAGAAUAUGACCAUUGCAUCCACCCUCAGAACUUAUUCCCUUGUCACUUUAUCCCUGUUUUGUGUUUGGAUAGUGCCUCAAAUAGAGCAUUAUUCUCUACACAGUGCCCCAUUUCUGGCCUUUCUGCCUCUGAACUAGAUUAGAACUACUCCAUAAUGCACUGCAAAGAGAAGUGUGGAAGCCAUGUAUUCUACUGUACCCAGAUGACCUAUAUAUAUUAUAACAUAUCACUAAAAAGUGAACAGUAUGUAUGAUCAUUUGAGACAUAUCCAUGAUUCUAUCAGUUCCCGGGGAUGUUCUAUGAACAUAACCGUGAUUGUUUGGAUUGUCUGCAAUUUAGGGUCUCCUGUUGGACCCCAAAAUAAUGCUACCUUGGUGAGAUUCCUUUCUCUCUGUCCCUGUGUGUAACUGUAUGAUGAUGAAAGGAAGAUAAAAUUAUGAUUAAAAAAAAGGGAAUACCAGGCUAACAGAAAGAGAGGACUUGCAGGAGUUAUAACGCUGCUAUAAUCCAUUCAUUAUUUUAAAAGAAACAACAAAAGAGUGACAUAGGAAAAAAAGCACAGUAUUUUUUAUGAUUAUAUAGAAUUAUAUGGAAUUUUUCUAAAAGACAUUUGGAGAAAAAUGUUCAACUCUGAAGUGUGGUUUGCCAAAAAGUUUUUAAAAUAUAUAUAUAUAUAUAUAUUAAUUAAUAGAAAUUGAUAUUAUCAGAUUUAUGAGGAAACUAAGAAGCAAUAUUUUUACUGAAUGGAUCUCCUUGGUUGUGGUUUUUCCCAGUCUUAAGAUGAACUAUCAUGAUAUAUCAUCACCUGUUGAUGUUAUGAACACUGAUAGAUGGAGUGGACAGAAGACAUUUGUCCAAUCAAAAUGUAUUUUAUAUACUAUCCUCUGGCCAUCACCUGCCUAUCUUGAAUAUUGUAAUUUUUGACAAUUCCAUUCACUUAGUCUGUGUAUAAUGUGUGUAUAAAUGACUGAAACGCUUUAAAUGUAUACAUAAGCUCAUAGUCCACUGGAUCGAAAACUGUCCCGAUGACACUUUUAUGCUCAACUUACAUAGACAUGUACAAAAAAAGACUAGUUGUGACUGUUGACUUCAUGGAAUAAAAAAAACAUAUCACUAAGCUAAUUUAUUUGCAGAAUCAUCAUAGAACUGAGUAGUGGUAUUAAGAAGCUAUACAAACCAUCACUGUGUGACUAUAAGGCUAUGCUACAUAAGGACUGGCAUGGCUCACUAUCAUCACUACCAUCACAACACAGUCCUUUACUUACCCAUCGGCAACUAUUUUGAUACUUUUGUUAUUUUCUCUUUUGGUUGAAUUUUGAAUUUAUUUUUUAUUCUACAUAAUUACGAAGACGUUUCCGGCUCUUUUGUGUAUAUUUGUGUUCAUGUUCCAUAUGUUGUAAUUCCGCAUACUUAGAGUCGACUAUCUAAUUAUCAAAAUUAAAAAGAAAGAGAAGUUCUUUGUAACUGCACUCUUCCUUCCCCCCCAAAAUCCUCAAUACUUCUUGUAUGGCAACCAAAAGUUACUGUAAGAAAUAAAUAUAACAUUGCACUAUGGUUGUAUUAAUUUAA